CAAGAGAAGAGUAAUGUAAAAUGGGUGGGCACGCCACCAUUACCGUAAUGCACCCACCACCACGCUUAUCACAAAUCCUCUUUCAUCUUCACUGCCCUACAAUUCCACUUUCCCUUCUUUCAGCCUAAUCCCUUUCUUUUAUCCUAUUUCUUACCUCUGCUUUCUUCUUUUACAUUCCUAUACACUGGGAAAUCUUCCCCCUUUGCUCGUUCUCUUCUCUUCUGCUUCGCUCUCAUUCGCUUUUUGAUCUAAAGAUGGCUCCCUUUGCAACUGCAAUGGUGCCCUCUUCACACAUAUUCCACUUUCGGAAGCCAACAAAUCUUGUCUUCCCAAUUCGCUGCUCCACCACUGCUUCUCCUGCCCUGGUUUCCACCCGUUCAAAAGCUGCUAACUUUGAUUUGAUGACAUAUUGGGCUUCCCUAAUGGUGCAGAUCAAUCAAAAACUCAAUGAAGCUAUUCCAGUUCAGUAUCCUCCCCAGAUUUAUGAAGCUAUGAGGUAUUCAGUCCUUGCCAAGGGUGCUAAGAGAGCCCCUCCCGUUAUGUGCAUUGCUUCCUGUGAAUUAUUUGGGGGAAGCCGCCUUUCUGCCUUCCCCACCGCCUGUGCUCUUGAAAUGGUUCAUGCGGCUUCAUUGAUACACGAUGAUCUCCCCUGCAUGGAUGAUUCUCCCUCACGUCGUGGCCGACCAACAAACCACAAGGUCCACGGUGUUGACAUGGCAAUUCUGGCGGGUGAUGCACUCUUUCCCCUUGGAUUUCGUCACAUUGUUUCUCAUACUCCCCCCGACCUUGUGCCCGAGCGCUACCUCCUUCGUGUUAUUGCAGAGAUAGCCCGCUCUGUAGGCUCCACUGGUAUGGCGGCAGGGCAGUUCCUGGACCUCGAAGGAGGACCAAAUGCAGUUGGAUUUAUACAAGACAAAAAGUACGGUGAAAUGGGGGAGUGCUCUGCAGUGUGUGGAGGAUUGUUGGCUGGUGCUGAAGAUGAUGAAAUAGAGAGACUGAGGAGGUAUGGGAGAGCUGUUGGGGUACUAUAUGCAGUUGUGGAUGAUAUUUUGGAAGAGAGGUUGAAAGCUAAGGGUGGUAAUGACGGGAAAAAGAAGGGUAAGAGUUAUGUGGAAGUUUAUGGUGUUGAGAAAGCACAAGAGGUGGCUGAAGAGCUUAGAGUAAAGGCUAAGCAAGAAUUGGAUGGAUUUGAGAAGUAUGGGGAGCGUGUGGUCCCUCUUUACAGUUUUGUGGAUUAUGCUAUUGAUAGAAGUUUCACCAUUGAUGAGACCAGAGGAUGAUGGGUUCUUAGAGUUCGACUAUGUAUAGUUUUUCGUUGAUCUGACCCCGUUGAGGGCUAACUAUUGCAUACAGAACUUAUUUUAGAGCUUGGAAACGCAGGUCUACAGAAACAUCAUUUAGAGUUAGAUUGCCCACUUAUUGUUGGGUUUAUGUUGACUAUUCAAAGGGACGUGGAAGCCCCCAAGCAUGGACCCAAAAACAAGAGAGCAUUGUCUACGUGACUAUGUUGUUAGAUAUGCAUGAUGCUUAUAUUUCCAGUUUCUAUUUGUGAUACAAAGUUAAAAUACAACUCCCUAAAUCAGUAUUAUCCUUAAUAUAUACAUUUUACUCAUUAUAUGUUUUAAUGCAUAUGAA